AUGAGUGCUUUUAUUCUUUGCAAAAAAUCUGCUUCCACAUUUGCAAUUUUGCGGUUUGAAUAUCCUCUUAAAGAUAAACUGAAGAGGAAAUGUACACUUUUAUUUUGCAGACAAGCUUUAAGAAUGGAUGAAGGCUUUAAACCACAGACACUUGACUCCAAUCUUCAGAAUCCAUCAGAGACAUUGCUUUCCAUUCGACUGUUAGACUUUAAAACAAGUUUAUUGGAGGCUAUAGAAGAACUGCGUAUAAGAAGGGAAACAGAGAUAAAUUAUGAAGAUCAUAUAAGUAAAAUUGUUGUAGAGAAACAGGAACUUGAAUGGCAGAAGGUAACUGUCUUACAUGAUUAUAAUAUGAGGCAUCUUGAUAUGUUAAUGUGGGGGAAGCUAUGUGGCAACAUCUCUGUACUGUGAUUGGCUUUGGAAACUCUGCAGCAUCAGACAGAUAUGUUACAGCAACAGAACAAAGAAGCUAUGGCAGCUUUUAAAAAGCAGUUACAAGCAAGGAUGUUUGCCAUGGAAGAAGAAAAGGGAAAAUACCAACUUGCUGUGAAAACAAAAGAAAAAGAAAUUGAUGGGCUGAAAGAAACACUUAAAACGUUACAGAUUUCAAAAUAUACUUUACAAAAGAAACUGAAUGAAAUGGAUCAGAAAUUACAGUUGCACUUAACAGCAAGAGAGGAGCAUCAUAAGAAACUGAAUGAAGUUGAGAGGUGUUAUGCCACUAUUGUAUGUCAGUUUGGCAUUGUUAAAGGUGUUCAUGGACAAUUAGAACACAGUGUACAGGAAGCGAUACAGCUCAAUAAGAAACUAACAUCAGUGAAUAAAAAACAAGAGACUGAAAUAAGUAAUCUGAAGGAAGAACUGAAGAAAGUAACUACAGACUUGAUAAGGUCCAAGGUCACAUCUCAGUACAGGGUGGGAGAAGAAAACAUCAAUCUUGCAGCAAGGGAAAAACAGUUUCAAGAACUGCAACAAAAAAUCAGAAUGGAGGAAGCAGUUAGUAAAAAAGUUAAAGAAGAAAACACUCAAAUUAAAGGAGAAAAGCUGGAAAUUCUCAGCUCUCUACAAAGUGUGCAGGAGCUGCUUCAGCGAAUAACCCAAACGAAUAUUAGAAUGGAAAGUGAAUUAAAUGCACUGAAAGAAGAAUAUCAGACCCUUGAAAGAGAUAAUGAGCUGCAAAGGGAGAAGGCAAAGGAAAAUGAAGAAAAGUUCCUUAAUCUUCAGAAUGAGCAUGAGAAAGCACUGAGAACUUGGAAAAAAGAUGAGGAAAAUAUGAGAAGAGAGAUAGCCACUAUUAAAAACGAGCUGAAUUCCCUUAAGGGGGCUCAAGGACAUCUUGAAGAUUAUCCUCCUCCUCGGGGAAACCAGCAUGCUGAGCAAGUGGAAAGUCUGCAGAUCCAUUCAACAGUUCAGCCCAUACCAACAAAUGGGAGUGGUCAAGAACCAUCAAAAUACAGUGAAAUGCAGACUACUCAGAAGGAAAACGAGAGAAUGCAAUCUAUACUAAGAAAAGACAGUAUUCUUGGACGUGAAGAUGAAAUUGAAGUAAAAAACUCCUUAAACAUUGAGGAAUUACAGAUAGAACAAAAUUUACAAGUUCUUGAAAACAGUUUUAAGGAUGAAAUUAAUGUUGCUAGCCAUUAUGAAGAAAAGCAAAGGGAGGUUUCUCCCAGGAAUACCCUCUGCACAGAUACUGAUUUAAUUACCCAAGGACGGACCUCGGAAAUACGUGUCACUGAGUGCAAAGAAGCAGAAAAUCUAGGAACUACACAUAGAAUGUUACUGGAGGAAAGCAAUGCAAAAUUGGAACAAAAGCUACAGGACAGCACUGAUCCAGUGGCAGCAUGCCACACAGAAACAAGACAGGUAUUUUUAGACAGCACUGACACAGUUUUCUAUGAGAAAAAUGCAAGUCAAGGCACCAAUUCUAGUAAGCAAGAAUUGUGUAACACUACACAUGAAUCAAUUUGUACUGAGGCAGACAAACAAUCGAAUACUAUAGAGCACAACAGUGCCCUUAUGCCUGAAGCAUCUGAAAAAGAGUCUGAAGCAGUUAUCUGCAUUGAGAAGAAUGUUGUGUGUGAGAGAAUGACUGAUAAUCAUCAAGAAAAAGAAUUCAAUUUUGGCAUCCUUCCUUAUGCUAAGGAGAAUUCUCAGACAGAAUACCAGAAAUGUAGCUUGCUGGACAGUGAUAAUUAUGUAGAUAACAGAUUACAUAGAACAGAAAAAAACUUGUUAAAGGUGAGUGGUUUACGUAGAGAUAAAUUUCCUUUUAAACAGACACAUGUAGAUGCUGAAGACAGAAAUUACAAUGACAAAGACAGAAACAUGAACAGAAAUAGUGCACUAAGGAGUACUGGUAUUCCAGCCACUGAUGCUCAAAAUACACCCUCUGUUUGUUGUGAUAAUGCAAGUGCCAGUGCUGCUGCAAAAGAACACAGUAGUAAUAUGCCUGUUUCAGGUACUUCAAAUUUAUGCCCUGAAAAAGUAGAUAAAGGAAUAAAUGUGGAUGACAGGCACAGCAAACAAACUGAACAAGGCAGUACUGAGCAAUCAGGAGUUGAUACAAAUAUAUGCACUCUGAAUGCUGAAGCUGUAUCUCCAGUAAAGGCUGCUGAUCUUGAAAUAACUGUUCAUAAAGUCCCAACAGAUGGAAUUAGUACAGAUAAACUUUUUCUGUGUGAAAAACUUAAUGAUGAUAUUCAGAUACAGUUAAUCAAAAAUGGACAUUCCCUGGAGAUUAAUGAUAAUUCAAUAAAUAAUACAUUGUUAAAAGAGAAAAAAGGAUCACUGCACAGUACAGUUCCAGGAAGGAAGUUUGCUGAGGGUCACCUGAAAGAAUCAUGCUCUUUACCCAUGAGAACAUCUGGAAAUUUAGUAAAUGUAAGUGGAAGGUCAUCCUUUGAUCUUUCAACUUCAGAUAAAAAAGCUGAGAAAACUCCAGUACACUUCAAUUUUUUAGACCUUGGUUCUUGUUCAAGAGUAAAUCAAAUGAGAAGUCAAGUUACAUGGACUUCAGCUUCCAAAGAACCUCCUGUUUUGAAAGAGAAACUACCAUGCCUAGUGGAAAACAGAAAGGUUAUUUCAAAAGCACCAUGUCAAAGUCCCAAUGAAAAUGUUGCCAAGAGAAAAAAAGAACUAGGUUCUAUCAGUUCUAACAGAGCUGCCGACACUUUGAGUACCUCUAGUAUCCACCGAGACCCCCAGGGAGACCCUAGUGAAGAAUGGAAUGCUACAGCAAAGACUUUUUAUGAUUCUUCUUUUCCCAGAGAACACGUGAAAGAAGGAUUUACUGCUUCACAUGAGCAGUCUUCUCAUGUAACUGUAACUCCAGCAAAAAGUGAAAGAAUGCUUGGAGAUGAAGGCAGCUGUUCUAUUCAUAAUUCUAAGAUACAAAAUCAAAUAGAAGAAAUUGAGAAAUUCCUCCAGUUGGAGAGACUUUGUUCAUCAAGAAAAAGAAAACAUGAAGACAGAGAAUAAAGAACAGUGGCAGGAACUUAAAAGCAUGUACGUGUCUGUUAGGCACAGAUAAAUCACUUGCACAAACCAGAGUGAUAAAGGUAUUCCUAUAGAAUGUGGUAUGUAUUAAUUGUGCUUUCAUGUUUAAUACAAAGUAUAGACCUCUUCUGUUUAAAAAUGGUGAAAUUCCUACUAAUAAAGUUCUGUUUCUGCAGUCAACUGCACGCAAGUUGUUACAAGUUUUGCCUGAAGUUAAAAGUUCACUAAAGUUUUAAUAAACCUGUAAGUAAUAUUAAACUAUUGCUUAAGAUUCCCCUCUUUCUUGUUCUGAGGAACUUUUGACUGAAAUAAUUCAAUUUGGUUUCUGUCAGACUGCUCAGUCAAUUUUCAAACAAUCAGCUGCAACUGUUUCAAAAUAUAAUGGCUCCUCCUAGAAACAUAACAACUUAAAGCAGUUCAAAGAGGCAGAUGAAGAAAAUCAUCUGCUUACCUCUACUACAGAAGUAUUUAAAUAUUUGUCUAAGUAAUACCUCUGUCAGCACUAAAGCAUCAGGUAUGAUUCACAAAGAUAUACCAGCAGGUAUUGCUUCAUAGUUUCACUUUUAACUCACUCAUGUUUUUCCUCCUUUAGGGUAUGAGGGAAGCUCUCUCUCAUUUCACAUUAUUUACACUCUUUUUUCUGAUUACCC